AGCGCGAGAGGCGUCCGAUACGUGUCAUCCAUUUCAGUAGAAGAAGAAAACGGUACGUUGGUAAAUAGUUCUCUCUUCAUUUCCAAAACAAAGCAAUGUCAGCCAACAACGUUCAAUGACUGGAAGCAGAAGCAUCAGCUGGAGUUGGUCUGCAGAUUAAAACGAGGUUUUGUGUGACUUUGUAGUCUUUUCUAUGUGAAAGACUAAACGGUUGACACAGAGGAGAAGAAUGGAUGCCCUCACCCAUAUGCUAACAGACCCUCUUGAUCCAAAAGAAGAAAACAAUGAAGAAAUAACAGAGGAAUGCAUGCUGGGGAACUGUAGAGUGAACCUUCCAGAGGACCUACUUGAGGACCCCGAAAUCUUCUUCUCUGUGAUGAGCGAAAGCACCUGGAGUAAUGUACUGUCAGAUUCCCAGAGGCAGCACCUUCGUCAGUUUUUGCCACAGUUUUCUGACAACAAUGUUGCAGAGCAGGACAGCACCAUCAGUGACCUAUUCAACAACAGCAACUUUAACUUUGGAAAUCCCCUUCAUCUUGCACAAAAACUAUUCAGAGAUGGUUACUUCAAUCCUGAAGUGGUCAAGUACAGACAAUUGUGUGCCAAGUCCCAGAGAAAGCAACAGUUGUACUCCCUGCAGCAGUAUUACCACAGGCUGUUGAAGCAGAUCCUCGUCUCCAGAAAGGAGCUGCUGGAGUUUGCUGUUCAAAAUGGUCUGGACUUUCCACCAAAAAGAAAGUUACCUACCAGGACUCAUGCUGAAAUGCGGGAGCCAAGGGUGAGAAGAAGACUGAGUCGCAUACUAAAGGAGGUCAAAACUGAGUGUGGAGACAGCAACGCUUCAUCUGAUGACGACGAUAUAUCAUUAUGGACUCCGGCACCACAAUCACCUUCCUCUCCGACACCCACUGUCUCGCUCAGAGUUCUUCCCAGCCUCUCCACCCAAGACAUGAAGACUACUGAAAAAACAGAACUAGGGGAGCAGGACUUGAAAUCCAUGCUUCAAAACCACAGGGAGAAGAGGAAGCGACAACCAGACCAUCCAGACUUGAUGACAUCUGAUAUCCACCUUGGAGACGUACUUUCAAGAACAAAUAUUGGUCGGAAGGGGGCUGUGCCACUGUUUGAUCUUUCUUUGCCUAAGAAGAAGAUAAAAGAUGAGAGAAGGAAGAAGAAGAUAAGGACAAUAAAAGUUGAAUCUGAGGAUCCCUGUGAAACUGUUGCACCUUCAGACACCCCAUCAGCUCCACCAGUGAACAUCAUCAACUCCCUGCCAGACACGCCAUCUACUCCACUACACAACAUCAAGGAGGAAAUUGUGGAGGAGUCUCAGGGUAGCCCAGUUUCCAUUGAGGAAAUAGCUGUCAGUUUCUUCAGCCUAUUGGAGACCAUCUUAAGGGCAGAAAACCUUGCCAGUACUUUAAUGUUGGAGGAGAAAGUUCAAAUGUGGCAGUCCUCUCCAGCAAGCUCCCUCAACGUGUGGUUUUCAUCUGUCCCGUGUUGGUCUGACUUGGUUCUUCAAGCGCUGCAGUUUCUUGCAGGAGAGACUAAAGAUGGCAUGAUGGCACUCCCCAGUGGCUUUUCUCCGUUUGUGGAAUUUGCUGAUGAAUCUCAGCAUUGGAGGUGGAUUGGCCCGACUCAGGAUACAGAGAAGGAUCUCAGUGCACUUUGUCAGCUGUGGCUGGACUCCAAAGAUUUAGUUGUCAAGACAGAAAAUGAAGACAUGUUAGAGAUUACUUCUCCCACACCAAGAGUUUCAACUGAUUAUGUGGUGCGGCCCAGCACUGGAGAUGAGAGACAAGUGUUUCAAAUCCAGGAGCAGCAGCGAUACAACCAGCCACAUAAAGCCUUCACCUUCAGGAUGCACGGCUUUGAAUCCGUGGUGGGGCCUGUUAAAGGGGUGUUUGAUAAGGAGAUGUCUCUCAACAAAGCCAGAGAGCACACGCUGCUCCGCUCAGACCGACCGCCAUACGUCACCAUUCUCUCUCUGGUGCGGGAUGCAGCAGCCAGGUUACCCAAUGGAGAAGGAACACGGGCAGAGAUCUGUGAACUGUUGAAAGACUCGCAGUUUCUUGCUCCAGAUGUCACUAGUGCACAGGUGAACACAGUUGUAAGCGGGGCUCUAGACAGACUUCACUAUGAGAAAGACCCUUGUGUGAAGUACGACAUUGGCCGCAAACUCUGGAUUUAUCUGCACCGCAGUCGCAGUCAGGAGGAGUUUGAGAGGAUCCACCAGGCUCAAGCUGCAGCUGCAAAAGCAAGAAAAGCCCUGCAGCAGAAACCUAAACCUGCAACCAAGCCUAAAUGUGGAAGUAAAGACGGAGGCAGUAAAACACCUGGAUGUCUGGAGGCAGGACAGGAUAUAGGCUCCAAUCCAAUGUCACCAACUCCGACAACACCCACCCCCAACACACCUGGAACUCCUAAGUCACCCUUACCCUGCGCAGCCACCACGCCAACGAAGACUGGAAUCCCGGAUACAAUCAAAAGCAGCCCAGGGGUUCUUCUUGUGUCCCCCCCCUCGUUGCCACAGCUGGGAGCCAUCUUACCCAGCAGUCAGGCUGGUCCACCAACUUCACAGCCAGUCACGUCCCAACACACGGCUCGGAUAGUGAGUCACCUGGCGGCAAGCUCCCUUCCUCAGGUACGGGUUGUUUCUGCUCAGCCUGGUCUGGUCUCUUCGGCAGGAAGUCAGCAGGCCACACUGGUACAUCAGGCCUCUCACCAGAUCAGGAUGCCUGUUUCGGUGGCAACUAAGGGCAUUUCACAGGCUGUAGUUUCUGUGCCUCUGAGGACUGCUAGUAGUCCAGUCCAUGUGCCGACAACCCUGUCUGUAGCUAUGGCCAAACUUCAAACUGGAUCACCUGGUAGCCCGGCCAACAACCCCGCUUCACCCGCUGUGCUGCAAGGAGUCACGAGCCCGAAUAUCAAACAGGUGUCCAUCACAGGCCAGUUGGGAAUGAAGACUGCAGGAGGAGCAGGUAUUCCAAUAACGGCUACAAACCUGCGCAUCCAGGGUAAAGACGUCCUGCGUCUUCCACCAUCCUCCAUCACCACAGACGCUAAAGGCCAGACGGUGCUGCGGAUCACCCCAGACAUGAUGGCAACUCUCACCAAAUCCCCAGUUGCAACCGUCAAACUCACCCCUGACUUCCUGGGCACUGCCACCGCAGGCAGCAAGAGCAUAUCAGCUACUCUCCAUGUGACGCCGACCCACGCUUCACCUUCCUCCGCCUCCAGUGCUCUAUCCUGUACAGGGGAAGUACAGACCACUAAAGCAGGCCCUGUUGCCUCCACCUUGUUGAAGGCUGCAGGAGACACAGCCAUACGUCUGAUGCCCACACUGGCUGUCACCGUGGCUGACCAAAAAUCGAGGACCUUCUCCACCGUGACUUCCCCUGACAAGAGCGGCGCCACUAUUCGAAUAAUGCCAGGUCUUGGUGUUAUUCCACAGAAACAGGGUCAAACCAUUACAAUGACAACUACCACUGGCGGCAAACCACUCACAGCGUCUACAUGUGCUACUGUAGUGACCAUGGCUGCCAGUGUUGUGGGUGGUGCUAAGGGGAUCACUGUGGCUCCUGGAGUCUCGGGUUCACCUCUGACGCUAGGAACAGCUACAGCCACUGUGCGGCAGGUCCCCGCUACAGUGGUUACUACACAAACAGGGAAGUUACCUGCACGGAUAACUGUGCCCCUCUCUGUCCUCAACCAACCACUGAAAAACAAGAGUGUUGUGACCACACCAAUUGUGAAAGGAAGUCUUAACACAAAUAUCAGCAGUCUGGGCAGGAACAUCAUCCUGACCACCAUGCCAGCCGGCACGAAGUUGAUCGCAGGGAACAAACCGGUCAGCUUUGUCACAGCACAGCAGUUCCAGCAGCUUCAGCAGCAAGGACAGGCCACACAGGUUCGUAUCCAGACAGUACAGGCUCAGCAGCUCCAGCAGCACAUGGCAACAGGCUCCCCAAAAUCUGUCUCCACAGUUGUAGUCACAACCGCACCUUCGCCCAAAUGUGCCCCCGAUCAUCCGCCUGCACCUCAACAGUGAUCCUAUCUCGUCAGCCAGCAAUGAAUCGUAGGUGCAUAAUAUAUGUACCUGUAUUUAGUGGUUGGGGUACUUCUCAAGCUUUGUCCCUGUCAUACAACUUGUUUCAACUGCCACAAGUGAAGUUAUUGUUUUUUUUUAUAUAUAUAUAUAUAUAUAAACAUUCAGGCAGUUUGCAAUCUAUGAAAGUAAUUCAAAGUUUGUUAGUGGUUGACUAGUUUCAACUUUCCACUUUGUGUUAAACUACCAAUUCAUAUUUCUAUAUGACUGUCUGUAGGAUUUUCUUUGUCUCACUUCUGUAUUUGUUUGAUGUAAUGCAAUAUUAGCAAAUGUGAAGUGAGUGGGAAUCAAAUUUAUGAAUGUUGUGACAUGUUGAAUUUUGUUAAUACAUUUGUUCUCUCAU